GUUUCAGCGAUGCAAGUUAACCAUGCAGGCCAGGCUCUCUCCCAGUCUCAGUCGCGUCCUGGCCACCAACAGUAGCGACUACAAGCCUAAACCCAAGCAUAGGACUGAUGUCGCUGCCAGUGGAGAACGGUCCAUCUGUUCAGGUGCCGCGUUCGCUGAUGCAAGCCUUCCUGAAACAGGACCCGAAUCACCCCGGCCUGGAAACCGUGCGUCUACCGAACCCGCUGGUCGGUAAUGAAGAGCCGUGCACACUUCCGUCAUACUGCCGCGAAAUAGAAUCCGAAGUUUGUCUGGUCUGUCGGCGCUGCGGUCGCGCCUAUCCUCAAGAAUCCUCGCUAUUGACACACCAGCGGUCCUGCUAUUUGGGCAACCAGCAGCGCCGAGGGGCCUUGCGUCUAGUCCAGGCCCGCUUUAGCUGCAGUUUGUGCGACACCGCGGCCUCUACUCGGACCUACGGCACCCUGGGCGAGUGGCGCCGCCACGCGGAGACCGUACAACACCGCGCGAGGCUCGAGUCUCUUCAAAUUCAGCAGCGAACUUCAGGAUCUUCAAAUUUCGGUCAAUUUUCCAGCCCGGACUUCAAUUUGGGGCUCAAUCUCGGCCAAGACGCUAACGAUGAAGAAGCGAACCCUCUUGUCGACGAAAUGGAGGACGUUGUAAACCAAAUUACGCUUCUUGCGGCUCGCGCAGCCGCAGAAAGCACGUCCACGAGCACUCAGAGCGCGGUUGUGUCUCAGGACAACAAUAAUGGCGAAGCUAAGCGGCAAAAAUUGGUCCAGGAAGUUGCGGCCUUGGCCGGAGCACGUUAAAUUUUUUUUUUCAUCAUCAAGAGCUCAAUUUACCGAUUAAAGACUUUUAAAUGAAAAAGGGAAUGAUUUUUUAAUAAUUACUUAAUUAAUUAAUUAAUUAAUUAGGAAUAAACUGGUUACUUGGGUGGUAAGAAAUAAUUAAUUAAUAAAAUUACUAAUAAUAAUUAUCAUCAAAUAUUUAAAUGAUGAUGAUUGUUAUUAUUCAAUUUAUGGGGCUACGGUGCGAAGGUGAUAGUGAUAAUGAUAAUGAUAAUGAUAAGUGUACGGACUAAAAUAAAGACAAGAAUUGUAACGAGAGGAUAUAAGUGAUUUGUAAACAGGCUUUAAUGUUAAUUAAAGGAAAACGAAAAUAAACUAAUGUACUGAUUUUGUUAUUUAAAUAGUACAUUACUGUAGUUUCGUUGUACUGUGUGUAUUAUUUUAGUAGGCAAGACGCGUCUCGAUGCGCGCACUCAACGAAGUUCCUCUAAGUUAAUUAUUAAUUAUAUUUAUAUGGUGAUUAUUUUUAGUUAUUAGUUAUUAAUUAUUGUGAAAUAUUGAGAUUGUAAUUUAGUUGGGCGAAAACGUACGUGAAAAUUUCGGAAUUGGGAUGUAAUGAGAGAAAUGGCACGACAAAGGCGUCGUGAUGGUCUGACUAACGUUCCUAUGUAAAGUUUUAUUAUUAUUAAUAAUUUAAGGGGAAUAGAAGGUAAUUGGAGGUUGUUUUUAGGUAGGGAUAUCAUUUUGUUGUCACAUUCUUUCUAUUCACUUGCUCUCUCUUUCUCUCUCUGACACUUUUAUCUACAGACUCUAACAUUAAAAAUUCACGGAAAGUUUUUUUUAUAAAUAUUUUCAAAUUCAAGUGAUUGUUGAAUCUAUUCAAGAGAAUAUUAGUGUAGUAUUUACUUGGAAAAUAAAUUA